GAAGUUCACAAACGCAUCGAGUGACGCCAUGUGCUGUGCGAGAUGGCAAAGAGUAGACGUUUCAUCGGGCGCAUUCAUUAAGCCUUCCCUCUUCCUCGACUACUGGUCAUUCAGUUGCGAGCAAGAUGGUCGCCAUUGCGAGCGCAGACUAUGCGACACAAGCUCAUGCCGACAAGGUGCUCGGUCCAGAGAUUGCCGGCUGGGCUCUGUCUCUGAUGGCAUUGUCAUAUUCGCACGCUCGUACCUAUGAUUACUUCCGAACGUUCAGGCAAGACCGCCGGCUCGUCAUUGCGCUCGUCGUCGCCAUCACUCUUUGCACGACAGCCGUCGGUAUUCUCAAUUUCUACUGUUUGUACUUUCAUUCUGUCUCGCAACUGCGUACGGAUAUGUACAUCUCCCGCGUCAUCAGACCAAGCGCAAUCACAUCCUCAAUUGCCAGCAUCGUGGCUUUCCUUACUCAAGUCUACUUUGCAGAAAGAUGCUAUCGUAUGAUUGGGAAGCGAGGACCGGUACUGCUUCUCGUCGUCUUGCCAUUCAUGCUGGCAGGCGCUGCAGGAGGCUUUGGGGUCUCUUACGUCCAGUUCAAGUAUCAGGGUUGGGCAGCGUCUUACGGCCCACUCUACAUCUGGAUGCAACUCUGGCUCUGGGGCAACGCGGUGAGCGACAUCAUCAUCACUUCAGCCUUGUGCGUUGCCCUCUUGAGAUCUCGCACGGAGUCACACGCUCCAGCGACCAACGCCCUCGUCUUCCGAGUCGUCACCGUGUCACUCGAGAGCGCAGGCUUAACGACACUGACCGCUAUUGCGGCUAUCGUGUCGUAUCUGCCUUCGUACGCUUCGAACAACGCUUCGAUGGUCUUCACGUCUGUUCUGCCGAUGAUGUACGCCAUCUCGCUGCUCUACGCUCUCAAUUCUCGCAGCGCAUUGCGAGCGCAAGCCGAGCAAUCCUCUCUCAUUGCAGCAUCAGAAGGAUCACGUACGCGCUCGUUCGAUCGAAGACCCAGCUAUGCAGCUUCUCGAAAGGCUUCAGUCGGGCAGAUGCGAAAGCACAGCCUUGCGCCGAGCUAUAGCUCACCCGUCCAGCGAGAUUUCCCGGGCGUCGGCGAGCAGACAGGCUUCGGGGCAAAUCAUACUGCAAGACCAGAGACACUGCGAAUCGAGCUGGGGGGUGCAACAGUCUUACCCUAUCUGGUCUCGCCUCGCUCGGAAGGUCCUUGUCCCGCCUACCCAUCUCGGUCUCCUGCCGCUAUUGCUUUUGCCGAUCCGUUCAAGUCGCAAAACGAGCCAGCAGCUCAGCCGACGCGCAGACCGUCGCUUGCGUACCCUCGUCCUUCUGUCGGCGACAUCAGAGAGGAAGUGUCAACGAUCACCCGAGCAGGGAGUCUGAGCAGCCGACCUUCGUUCAGUGAGGUUGCUCGGCCAUUGUUCGGUGCUCAGUCUGCUAUUGACGGAAGACGACCGUCUUUGGCUCCCGUGGGACGCCCGCUGUAUCCUGCGGAACCCAUGCCCGGUCGAUCUGUCAGUAUCUCAGUCGGACCUCAAGUGAUCGUUCCUGCGCCAUUCGGUUCUGCCACAAGACUAUCUGCCGUAGAGAGUGUCGUCUUUGUGGGCGAUCUAGCAAGGGACAGCGUCAUGUUUACCACCGUCACCACUACUGAGAGCGACAAGAGCUGAUUGCAUCUGUAGCUCCACCUGUCGACAUCAUCCCCAAGCGUCUAAACAUCUGUGAUUGUAUCUGAACCACAAGGG